CCCGCUCGCCGGCCGGCCGGUGUCGCCGGUUUCGACGCGCCGCACGCACUCACGCCAGUUCGUGUUCGAACCGCGCUUAUUGAGGUCGUCCGCUGUGAGCUCGGUUACGAAGUUUAGUAACGCGAAAGGAUUUUCCUUUGUCCCGAUCCUCGAGGACCCUGCCCUCGUAUUAUGUUUCUACGCGAGAGCCGCGACCAGCCCCGGCCUACUGAGGAGCCGGAAAGCGCGCAGCGUGCUGAAUCGCGACGAAAUUUUGUCAAUUUUCCAAAAUUCUGUGACGGUUAUCCCGCGAAACGCGUACGCCGGGCGAUUUGAAAUUUUGAGUGAAGGUGUGAGUAGAAUUAUACAUCGGCCACCGGACAGUGUAGUGAGGCCGUGAGUGUCCAUAAAAUCAAAAAGUAGAGUGAGGACUGAGCACCAUGUCCACAGGCAAGCGACUCGCCAAGCGGUCCAUCAUCGGGACGCGCGUUGCGGCUUUGGGUGAUGACGGACUGUACUAUUCGGGGAUGAUUCACGCAGUGAAGACACCGGCGCCCUUCCCAGAGAACAACAAUUGCAUCAACUUGACUCCUAACACUCGUUACACAGUUCGUUUCGACAGUGUUAUGAUGAAAAACCGCGAGUACCGGGACGCUGAGCUCAUCGGCCCCGGCUUCCGCGGCAUGACGGGGGUGCGCCUCAAGGAAGGCCAGCGUGUCUUCCUCACCUACAACGGCCGCGAGGUGCACGCUGACGUCAAGCACCACGACUACAACACUGACGAACUGCUCGUCCAGAUCUACUCUCCUACUUCUGAGGUGCGGAUUGAGUUAAAGAAAAAACUGGAUGACGUAAGGCUGUUGGAGUCACGAAAGUCAGCCAGGUUGGCAGAUGUGGACACCGAUUUUGCUAGAUUAGCAGACAUGGCCGGUGAUCGUCGUCGUUCCUCUGCUACUAUUGAAGUACCACCAAGUCCCGUGCAAAGUUCACGUAAGCGUGGGCCAAGCAGCUCCUGCGACCAAGGCUACGGCGAGCGCGACGAACAGAUGAACGAGUGCAAUGCUGCCCUCGUGCUGAUGUCAUUGAGCUGCUCGCCGAACUCACCGCGCCCCAGUGGUUGGGGUGAUAGAUCAUCAGUGUCUCCAGGAGCCAGCAGCAGCUCAGACUCAUCAUGGCGCUCGGGCACACCAUCGCCUCCACCGGCCUCUUCCUCCUUCAGCGACGAAGGAAUCGCAAUGGACUAUGAAGAAAUCCACCCGCGCAAGAAAAGGAUAAACAGCGUUGUGUUUGUAUGUACCUGGCGAGGAUGCACAUACAGCACAGAUACUUGCACGGCUAUUGAAGCACACAUUAGAAACACACAUUUGGGGCCAAAGAAAGAGGGCGAUAGUGACCAUGAAGAAGAGUUCUACUACACAGAGAGGGAGGUGGCCGCCCCUGCACCGCCACCCACACUCUCCCACCGAGACAUGUGUCGCCCACCGCAUGAGGAUCCUGAAUAUCAACGUCAGCUAGUAGGCUCUUUCAGACAAGGAUUACUGUCUACUCUGCAGCAAGGGACUGGGCGGUCAGUAAACAUUCCUGUAACCCAUCACUGGGUCAAUACACAUUCGCCGAAACAUAUGCGGCUAUCUGCAGCGAAUGGAUCACCGAGUAGUCCAGGUCGACGACCACGUUCAGAUAACAAGAAAUGUCGUAAAGUAUAUGGAAUGGAUCAACGUGAUCUCUGGUGCACUCAGUGCAAAUGGAAGAAGGCAUGCACGCGUUUUGGCGAUUAGCGGUCGCGACGCUCGCACGCAUAUGCGCGGGCAGGGCAAACAAAAUGAACGCAGAGUUGUAUUAUUGAUACAUCUAUUUACCCAGCAUAAAAUAAAAUAUGACAAGACAUUCGCGGUAAGCGAGAACUGUUCCGCGAUUAACUCGUGAUUUAAGUAUAAGAAAAUUUAUAUUAUGAAUCAAAGUUUUUAUUUAUUAUAAGCAGAGACAGAUAAAUUUACAUAUAUUGGAUAAAAAUUAAUGGAGACAUAUUUUUGCUCUUUGUAUGUGGCUCGUGUUUUGACUGCUGCAUAAUGGACAUUGCCCACGUAUUUUUGUAGCGCAGUAGAUUCGCCUUAAUUGUGACGUAAAUGUGGAAUGCAAAAUCGUGUGACGCUCUUGAGCGGAGACUGUGAAUAUUAGAAUAUAAGUAGCUGUAAGUUUAGACUGAGAUGAAUAACGUGUGAAACCAUUUUCCUCGACGAACGUUGACAAUGACAAGUAAUUUUAAUAAUUACUGGUGAUAUUACGAUGGCUUACUACUAGAAAACCCGGUGUUGAUAAUGUUUAGAUUGAAUUUUAUCAUUUAACCGUGAAAUAUUGGCCAAUUCCGUCCACAUUUUCGAAUGUGCAGCAUCGAUUAUAUCGACCACACGUCGUUCGGGAUAAUGUUUUCACACCAUUUCUACUAUCUACAGAGUAUACCAUUGUAUGCUCUGUCGUUCGACAAAAUGUUGUCGAAAAUACUUCAGUGAUAUAAUAAAUCACUAAAUAUGAAAUGUAUAUUGACUGACUUAUUAGAUGAUAAUAAAAUAUAAUAUAUGAAAUUAGCCUAGUAAGUUAUCUCAGAUUCGACGAAAAGACUACUAACAUGUUUAGACUUAAAAUUUUUAUGAACAUAUCUGUGUUGUAUACAAUGAUGGUCCUACUAGAACAAGGAGACAAUACUCAAAAGAUGCCAAGCGCAUCAGCGGCGCGGGAGCUUUCCAUUGUGGUAUUACCAACGACACCUUUGCGUUGCCGUAUAAAUUUUAUAGAACGAGUACAAGCAUGGCUAUGACGUCCAGAGAAGGGAAAGAUAUUGAAGGGAACAUCACACUGUACAAUGUGAAUAUGACUGCACAUUUUAGGAAUCAUUAGAACGCGACGUUCCUACGCCGACACUGUGGCCUAAUGUAAACGUCGUAAAAACACUUGGGACGAGAAUUGGACACACUAGUGUCUUCGUAUACCUCUAAGCAGACUGAAUGAUGACAGUCUGAAAAGUAUAAGCAACAUCUACCUAUACGUACAGAUUUGGAGUGGAAUGAGUAAUGACGACGCAGAAAUGCGAAGGAUUGAAAGAAAGGGAUGGCGAUUGCGAGAACUGCAAUAUUACUUUUAAGUAUUACUGAAUUAACAUGUAAAUAAUAAUUAUACUAUAGAGAAUUAUAUAAAGAUAUUAUUCUGUAUCUACCUAUUUAAAAAUUGAAAGCAAUCUUUGGGUGUGUACAUAGAUAAAGUAUAAAUAUUAUUAUUGUUACUUAAUGUGAUUGUUUAAAUCGAACUUUUGUACGGCUUCGUAAUAACGAGUUUAUAACUUGUAGAUGUAAGGCACAGUAAUUAAUUUACAAGAACCGCGAUUAGUUUUGUUUCGUCACCUACAUCACGGCAUAGUAAUAAUUAUUUUUGUUUGACAGUUACCAAGGUUCGUUGUUGUUGGUUGAUAGGUAGUUAUGGUUAUAAGUAAAAGAAUCACAAAAUGCUUAUAUUACUAAAAUAACAGUACGAAGUUUACAAAUACUCCGUGUUAUACCAUAGGUACCUAUGUGCCUACGUAUGUAAAGUAAAAAAUGUGCCAAUCGUAAAUGAUACAAUCACUGUGAAAUCAAUAUUAGACUAUUUUACACGUAAUGUGUUCAUGUGUGAAUUAAUGUGCAAUCGGAGCUAUUUAGUAAUAUCGGUGCUGAUACAAAUAACGCACAUACAGAUAAUUACCUAUGUACCAUGUUCCAAGACUAUUUGGUUUUAUAAAAGUUAUUAAAGUACGAAUAUCUACUGAUAUUUAAAGUAAUGUCCAUAUACGUAAAAAAUAUAUCAUAUUUUUUAAUCUCAUCCAAUACAAUGUAUAUCAAAUUAUUUUAGAUCUGAUCAUCCCAAAUAGAAUAAUUAUCUAAGCCCACAAAGUGUGAAUGUUUUUUCUUAUUACUUAUGGAAAAAGAAAUCAUUGCAAUAAUUCGUAGGUAAGUAAAGAAUGCUUAUAUCGCAAAACGAAAAAAUGAUAUUUUGCCUAUUUUUAAAUUAACUUAAAUUUUCAAGAAUCACAUAAACAGCGCAUCUUGCCACAGCAUACCUAAUUAUUUUACAGGUGCUUUAUUAUUUUCGAUAUAACUUGUAUAUUUGGAUAUUGUGCUAUCAUAAUAAUUAUGUUACGUGAUGUACCUGUAAGUCUUACCAAAUAUAAAAUUUCAUUGCAAUAUUGGUUGUGAAAAUGAUAAUGAAGUUGUCAUUCAUAAAUAGCAAAACACAAACGCUCGACGCAAUGAAACUCCGCGCUUUCCAGACCAAAAGAUCACCUGUAGUCGUAAGCAACAACUCAGCUAGCGAUUUGACAACUGCCAUAUUGUAAGAAUCUAGAAUUAAACUGCAGCUUAGAUUUUAAACAUAGCUCUUAGUUGUAUUUUAAGUUGAAGUCAUAAUAAUAGUAUUUAAUAAUGUUAGGUACAAUACACGUAUUACGUAUAUUUAGUUAAUGUUUGUUAUUUCACACAAGUGAAUGUUUGUAAAUAAUUUCAGCUAUUAUUACAAUCAUUGAUCAAUGACAUCUACAUAUUUACGUUUAUAAUUUUCUAAAUUGUCUCUUUCAAGGCCCGUGCAUUACUAAAUAUUCAUAUUAAAGGGAGGUAUAGCCUCAACGCGGGUAAAAUUAAACAUUUUGUAGUAUUCUCAUAAAUUACAAUUAUAAAUAUUCGUUGGGGUCCACAGAACGCCACAUGGCAUGCUAGUUUCAUAUUUAUGCAUAAAUACGACGCCGAUCUCAAUUUACUUUCGAAGCUACUAGAGUUAUGUUUAGGAACAUGAUAUUUCAUAGAUCAUUUCUUAUUUUAUACAAAUUGUAGAGGAUUUUUUUAGUUUUUAAUUAUUUUUAAAUAAAGACACUUUAUUUAUUAAUGACUAAGUGGUUUGUAAAUAUUUUUACGUAAUUUACUAAUUUAUUUAGCCAAAAUUUUUGCUCAAUUUUAUAUGCACUCAACACCAAAGUCAUAAUACUAACAAGAAACUACAUAUCAGUACAAAAAGCAUAAUUGAAACGGUAAUUAGGAUAUUUUGUUCGUACAUUCAGACGUUCACAUGUCUAGGGCUAUUCUUGUUAACCACAUAUAAGUACCUAUUGCACAGGAUUUUUUUUAAAGCAUAUUACAAUUAACUUAUUGUGAUACCUAUUUUUGUAUGUAACAUCUACGUCAAAAAUGUUAAAAAUAAAAUAAGAAGUAGCCCAAAAUAGGCAAGUGAUCAGCUAAAUAAUUUGGUUCAAGUUCAAACUAACAAACAACAUUGACACUCCAAAACAAGUACCUACCUAUUCAGUCAAUUGUUUUUAGUUAAUGACAUGCUCAUUUUUUCUUGUAUUACUUAUUGAACACAGUACAUUUUUGUAAAUAUGUAAUAAAUUCACAAAUUAAUAAUGUUUAUUUAUAUUGAUAAGUACCUGGUAAUAUGCGAGAACACAACGUAAUUGUUAGAACUAUGGGUACUUAUAAUCCUAAGAAUCUGACGAUGUAUUAAUAUAUAAUUAAUGACACUGUAAUAACCAUGUUGUACCUUCUAGUUGAGUAGCAUAUUUACUUAAAAUUAUUGUAUAACCUUUAUUCUAAAUAGUGUCUUCGUGAAUUUAGAUUACUUCACAUUUUCAUUAUAUGUUUAGUGCCCUUGUUGUAAACUAAUUCAGUUAAAGUUAUGGUACCUACCUACACCUACAUAGCUAGCAUGUGUAUUAUUAUCUACACUAUUUACAUUAAUAGUAUGUUUAUCAUAGUUUUAUGUCACUAUUACUUCACUAUAUUAAUAUACAUACAGUACGCGUCAAAAACUUUCCUUUUAACAUAGAUGUGCACUAACAUGCGCACACACAAGAAUGGAGUUAAACUAGCGUCGGAAAAAUUAAAACACGGCACCCUACUUCGUAGUGGCAGUCUUUGAAGCGUAUUGUACAAUAUUGUGUUAUAUUAUUGUAAAUUGUUUAAUCUUAAUUGUAUAUCAUUUUAACUAUUUUAAAACCUACAUAUUUAAUUGAAUGUUUAUCCUUUAUGUAUUUUGCAAUUCCAAUGAAGUUUAUAUUAUUUUAUGUGGGCAAUUAUAGUUUAUAAAAAUAUGUCUCCUGUUUUAGUAGGUACCGAAUUAAGUACUUUAUUCAUAUAGAUAUUUUUGACGUGUCCGAUAGUAGCUACUACACUCAGCUUUUUAUUUAUGUAACAACUAGUCGACAACGACAAAAUUAUUCUUAUACAUACAUCCAGAAAUGACCAUUAAGUAACAAAUGUACUACGUAUGUGCGUAGUAUGUUUUAUAUACUGCGUUACUUCAUUAGUUGUUGUGUAUAAAAGCAAUAAUUUGGAAGAAAAAAUGUCAUAAAAAUAUUUUAUAUAUCAGCGCAAACUAAACAGCGUCUUGGAGUCUAAACAUUAUUAUUAUUAGCGUAGGCAUAUUUUACGGGCAUCACUGACUAGGUACUAAAUGUUAAGUAUCACGGCUAAUUGCCAUUUCUACAAGUUGUUUAAAUUCUGAUGAUAAAUCUUUAAUUUCUUCCUCAAGACCAUGGUAUCAUGUUAUAAUAACCGCUCGUGUGCAUUCAAUACGCUAGUGUCUCAAGUAAAUGUUUGUCGCUAAGGUCCUACUGAAAGUAUGGACAGAUAGAUGUGAAACCUUAAUAAUUUUCAUGAUACCUUCUUCAUAUACUUGGAAGCCUAGACAACAAUCGCACAGGAAAAUUUGUACAUUCCAAUGUCAAAUAUAUGCAAUUAAACAAAGAUAAAAUAAUACAAAGAUGAGGUGUUACAUUAUUUUAAAAUGGUUAUGUGGCUUAUAAUAAGUGUACCUAACAGUUACAAGGAGUUACUUAAGCAAUUGUUAAGCCAGUAUGUAUCAAAUUUAUAUAAAUAUCAAUAUUACAUAGGAUUCAGAAUCAUGAAGUAUCUAGUUUCUUGUUAAGAGCCGGUGGAUACAUCGAUACGUCGUUAUUAAUGGUUACCAAUAGUUUUAAGGUCGCAAAAUGAUCAAAUGUGUUGAUUAAUUAUCUCUCGAUAGAUAUUAUAUGUACGUAUUCAGUUAUCAAUAUCACAGCAGUUUGUUAGUGUCCUGUCAGCUCCAGUUCAUCAUAAUAACUGUCUUUGACUUGGUUUCUGUGAUUAUUUACCGCCAAUGUUAUUGCAUGGUCGCGACUAGCUGGCAGAUAUUCUACUGUGAUAUUAAUGAUUUUAUUUAUUAUUUUCUAAAUUAUUAUUUAUAACUUUAAUGUUGAAUGUGAGCAUGUUAUAUUUUACUGAGAAGAUCUUAGAUUAGAUGAUGUUAUCUUUAUAUUGUAUCUAAUGUAAAGGUCCAGAAUGUGUUCCAUAUUGAUUUAAUAUUGAUAGUUAUAACAGUUAUAUAAUUAAAUGUUUCUGUUAAUAAUUUGAAAAUGAUAUUGUAAAAAAUAUUGAAACAGGAUGAAUUAUUAUUGUACAUCACAAAACUGAACAGCUAGAAUAAACCGCAAUUUGAGCUCUCUAUCUGUAAUGUAUAAUAUUGCAUUUCAUAGCGGACUACAUUUGACUGUGAAGUAUUGUACCUAUCUAAUAAAUAUAUCUAUCAACAAAAUAAUGUUAAACAGUUUAAUGAAGUAUAUGUAUAUUGAAAAAUGUUAUUAUUUUAUUACAUGCUACUUCAAGUAGACUAUUUGCCUGAAUAUACCUCAAUAAGUUUAGUAUGAAUUUUGUGUGUCUUGAAAAAUAUAUUUCAAUUAUUAGAAUCAA